AUGAACUCCAAGAACGUAGAUUUGAUGCUAGAUGGGCUUAUUGCGACUUUAAAAUCCAACCAUCAGCACUCGAACGAGUUGCUUGAUAAUUUAGCAUUAUUGAUUGAAGAGUCUGUUGAUGAUGUGCACAAAAUGGAAGCAUUGUCUGCUAUGAGACACACCUUUGGCCAGUUUAUCAUGUCUAUGGCAGAUCUCAGGGAGGAGCAUACAAAUGUCAUCGAAUCCUACAACACCAAACUUAAAUUGGGGCCGUCAGCCGACGUAGCGAAGAGUAGACUUGCUGUGUCUGUUGAUAGCGAAGGAAACGAGUCGGAACUUUUUCAGCUAGUAUAUGAGAUGUGUGAAAACUACAAUCUUCAUAUGGAGCACAUUAAUCUGGUCGGGAGGUUGUCUUCCAAAUUGUGCGAUCCAGCGUUGGCUUCGCGAAGCGCUGCUGGGGACCGCGACGAUGCUUUCGAUCUCAAACAGAUACUGGAAGCCUAUAACUCUCUUGGGGAUGAGGAUGUGGAAGACACGGCCAAUUUGAAGCUCCAACUUCUUCGCUGGACAGACUCAAUGAAAAUGGAGAACGCGAGGUUCACUUUAGAGAACCAGCACAUUUUGCGGGACAAGCUGAAGAGCAUAACUGCAGAGGUAACACAAUGGAAGAAGAACUACGAAUCUGUGGAAAACACGAUGUUUGGGGAAGACCCGCACUCGAUCAUGCAGACAAUUCAACGAAUCCAAAAAAUGAAACCUCAGCUAGUAUUGGCAAAGCAGGAAGAAGACGUAGACAUGUGUUGA